AAUUUUCGAAGAAACAACGAAUCCCGCCUCAAGACCACGCGAGUGCGCAAGGGGAAGCAGGAAUACAUCCGUUCCCGGCCUCCGCGAGUGCGCAAGGGGAAGCAGGAAUACAUCCGUUCCCGGCCUCCGCUCAGCCGUCGAUCGAUCGUUCGUCUGGUCCAGGGGCGUCUCAGUUGGCCGGGGCGAUGGAGGAGGACCCGCUCAUCCAGCUGGUGCACGUCUGGAGCAACGCCGCCUGCGACAACGCCGCCGCCUCAUCCUCCGUGUGUCACGCCCAUUCCCCGGCGCCCGCGAGCGCCCGCGAGGGCGAGGGGGACAAGGAGAACCUCCGGCCCGAGCCCGACGUUGAGGCGGAGAUCGGCCACAUCGAGGCGGAGAUCCUGCGCUUGUCCUCCCGCCUCCACCACCUCCGCACCUCCCAGCAGCUGCAGCCGCCUAAGUGCGCAGAGGUCGCACCCGCGCCCGAAACGAAGGCGGCGGCAGCGCGCCCGCGGCCGCGGGGGCGCAGCCUGGGACCGCUCGACAUCGUCGCUGCCGUCAACCCCAACCUGCUCACCACUGACAAGCAGCAGCCGCCGCGCGCCGCGCAGGGGUUGAAGCCGAUCAAGCAGGCCCCGGCGGCGGCGCGAGGGAGGGGCUUCAGCCUCGCGCCGCUCGACACCGUUGCCGCGAACCCUAGGGUCCCCUCCGCCGCGCCGCAGAGGAAGAUUCAGGGCGAGGGCGGCGGCGCGUGGCCGACCCUGAGGCCGAUCAAGGAGCCCCCCGUGCAGCGGCGCAGGGGCGUCAGCCUCGGCCCUUUGGAGAUCCACCACGGCGUCGGCAGCAAGCCCGGGGCGACGGUGGCGGCAGCGCGGGUCAAGCCACUCUCCAACAAGCUCGGUGCCGUCCGAGAGGAAGGCCAGCGUUCCAAGCAGCACGCCGUCCCCGCCAGACCGUGGCCGUCCAGCAAUGCCAAGCACCCACUGGAUGCCAAGCAAAGCACCGUAGCAAGCAGGGCCAAGGCGAGGAGCGGGAGCAUGAGUCCCAGCAGGUUAAGGAGGCAGUCCACUUCCAAGGCUACCGAGACAAGAGCAGGCAACGCCAAGGCUACAGAGGCAAGGGGUGGGAACGCGACACUCGGAGAUAACAACGUGGCUGAUGUGCUCACGCUCAAAUGCGCGGUGGCCGAUCAUAACAGGAAUGUAUCUACUGGGAAGAGGCCGGCGGGGAGCUCCAAGGUCAGAAUUGUCCCGAGCCGCUACAGCCUCACGCCCGGCUCGUCCCUGAUAGCUGCUCCUGUGACACAAGGGAAGCUAUGCAAGCAGCCCCUCUCAGGAUCCGCUCGUGCUGCAAGCCACAGGGAGGAGAUGGGAGCAAAGCUCACUGAGCCGUCUAACGACGAGUUGUCUCCUGAAUCACUUGCCAAGGUUGCAGAGCUGCUCCCAAGGAUCAGGACCAUGCCGCCUUCUGACGAGAGCCCGCGUGACUCGGGGUGUGCUGCUAGGCGUGUUGCAGAUUUGGCCGGGAAGCGAUCCUUCUUCACCGCCGCAGCCGACGAUGGCAAUCCCGUUACACCCUACCAGGCACGGGUGGUUGAACUUGAAACACCCGAGACAGCAGCAGCAGCAGAAGCAUGAGUGUUUGAAGCAUGGUUUCGAUCAAACAGCUUGGCUCCCCUUCGUCAUGAGUGUUUGAAGUGUCUGCUUACUUGAGCUUGCAUCUAGGUGAGAGGCCUUUUUUGCAGUGUGCCACUACAUAAUCUACUGCUACAAUCGUAUCAUAUCUCAUGUCCUAUUUUUUUUUCUUUCCCCUUGAGACCUGGCUAGCAAUUCAUCUUGUCUGCUGGUGCUCUUGUUUUGGAUUGUAAGUAUGGUCUUGGUUUGUGAAGCACAGGAUCGUGAUGUGGUUUAUAAUAUGCCUCCUCCUUUUGUC